AUGGGGGCGUCUGCGCGGCUAGUGCGCGCAGCUAUCAUGGGGGCGCCGGGCUCCGGCAAGGGCACCGUGUCCUCGCGCAUCACCAAACACUUCGAGCUGAAGCACCUCUCCAGCGGGGACCUGCUCCGAGACAAUAUGCUUCGGGGCACAGAAAUUGGUGUGUUAGCCAAGACUUUCAUUGACCAAGGGAAGCUCAUCCCAGACGAUGUCAUGACUCGGUUGGUCCUUCAUGAGCUGAAAAAUCUCACCCAAUAUAGCUGGCUAUUGGAUGGUUUUCCAAGGACACUUCCACAGGCAGAAGCUCUGGAUAGAGCUUAUCAGAUAGACACAGUGAUUAAUCUGAACGUGCCCUUUGAGGUCAUCAAGCAACGCCUCACUGCUCGCUGGAUCCAUCCAUGCAGUGGCCGUGUUUACAACAUCGAAUUCAACCCUCCCAAAACCAUGGGCAUUGAUGAUCUGACUGGGGAGCCUCUUAUUCAGCGUGAGGAUGAUAGACCAGAGACGGUUGUCAAGAGACUGAAGGCUUAUGAAGCCCAAACAGAGCCCGUCCUGGAAUACUACCGGAAAAAAGGGGUGUUGGAAACAUUCUCUGGAACAGAAACCAACAAGAUCUGGCCAUGUGUAUAUGCUUUCCUACAAACAAAAGUUCCACAAAUAAACCAGAAAGCAUCAGUUACUCCUUGA